CGCGUGCUUUGUCAUUCUCUCCGUGACAUUGGACAGGUGACAGUGGUUGGAGUUGUCUGCGGGGAAGUCAGUCGUUGUCCAGAUUCGUGCUUGAUUGCGUAGAAAAUGUCAUACCUACACACCCACUGGCGAGAUGUUGAUGCAUGGAGGAAGGAAGGUCUUUUACUGUCAACAACAAGCAAUGAAGCAGCGAAAAUGUUCGAUGCCUCCCUCACUCAGGUUGUGGCUCACCUUGACUAUGACAGUGUUGGUGGUCUGCAGAAUUCAAUAACCAGAAUGUUGGAGGCAGAUCCUGAUUUUGCCAUGGGUCAUGUUUUGGCAUCUAUCUUUGAAGUAAAGAAUUCUAUGGAUGUUGCCCAGUCACUAGCUUCAAAGGGCAAACUUAAUGACAGAGAAAUGCUCCACUUUAAUGCUGCAAAAGCACUAGCUGCAGGAAAUAUACCAAAAGCACAAGAAAUCUGGGAUGACAUAGUGAUGGCUUACCCAACAGACAUUCUGGCACUAAAGAUGCUUGGGGAUUAUGGCAUAUUUUUUGGUCCCAAAGACAGGAUAAGAGACAGUGUAGCAAGAGUGUUGCCACAUUGGAAACAAGAAAUACCUUUAUAUGGGUAUCUUUUUGGUAUGUAUGCCUUUGGGUUAGAGGAGACUAACUUCUACCAGGAAGCAGAAAAACAAGCUCGAAAGGGAUUGGAGCUUAUUCCCAAAGACACGUGGGCAACUCAUGCCUUGGCUCAUGUUAUGGAGAUGGAAGGUCGUCAGGAUGAAGGAAUUGAAUUUAUGAGUAAGACCGUGGAAAACUGGAAGCCAUGUGAGUCUUUGGCCUGCCACAAUUUCUGGCACUGGGCUUUGUACUAUAUUGAAAAGGGAGAUUACGAAGCGGCAUUAAACAUCUAUGACACUGAGAUGUUACCGAGAUUUAAAGCAAGUGCCACUUUUCCGCUGACGGAUGGAUCAUCCCUGCUCUAUCGACUGAAAUUUGAAGGUGUCGAUGUUGGUGAUAGAUGGCAACAGCUCUGCCAGUAUUGGGAGAGCCACGCAGAUGACCAUUUUCUGGCAUUUAAUGACAGUCAUAUGCUUAUGAGCACGCUGGGGGCAAAGAAUGAAGAUUUGACCAUGAAACUUUUGGAUUCCUUGAGAAAAUAUGUUAGAGAUGGCUCGGGAGCGAAUUGUGAAAUAUCACGUACGGUUGGUCUCGCCAUUUGCGAGGCAUUUGUAGAAGCUGAUAAGGGAAACUUUGAUAAAGCUGUAGCAUUGUUAAAACCUCUCCGUUAUAAAGUGGACCUUAUGGGCGGAAGUAGAGCGCAGCGAGAUGUUUACGAGUUGUUCUUGAUCAAUGCUGCUAUGCAUUCGAAACGCAAAGAGGAUCAGCAAUUUGCCAGGUGUAUUAUCGCUGAAAAGAAGGCUAAAAAAAUUAAAGCUCCGAUGGCGGACAGACUUAUGGCACAAGCUCUUGCUCUUCAAAUGGAUUAGGAUGUAUAUUGUUUAUUAGAUCUGAAGAAAUAUUUUAUUAUUUUUUUUACAGUAUGAGCCUGAAAUACACAAUCACUUAAGGGCUAGGACUCAAGCUAUUUGCAAUAGACUUGAAGCGCCUCAGUAACAACACAUUUUGCAAGGGCGGAUCCAGUAACUUUAAUGGAGGGAAGAAGGAGGAGAGGGGGGGGGGACAGAUAACUUUUUGUUUGUUGCAAGGUACAUCUCCAAAAGCCCACACCCCCAUCCCCUGCCCCUCCUUUCUUCAUCAGGUUACAGGUCACACUCCUUUGAGUUUUAACUUUAACACGUGACCAGGUCGUGUAACAAGGCAUCCGAAAACGACCUCUUCCAGAUUCCGAAGCCUCUAAGCAUAUAACCUAUUGAGCGAACUAGUCUAUGAAAUUUUCACCUUGAUGCGUUGAGCUUUUUGCAGAAUAGUCCUUGUUGUAGCCGGAAUUUGUCAAUGAACGAUCAUUAGUAGUGAACCCACAAAAAUAUUAGGUAGAGCUUUAAUUUAAUUAUUUUACUAGAAAGUAAGCGUUAUAAAGUUAGUUUUUUUAAGAUUAUUGUUUUUACACAACUUUAAGUAUUUUCAAAUGAUUGGACCAUUUAAGAUAUGGGCCAUCACAUUUUCUUAGACGUACAAACACUCAUAAAAUGAUAAAUUUGAUUCACUUGAAGUAGGGAACAUAACGUUUCCCCAACCUGUAACUCCCAGAAAUGACAAGCAUGUGACCUCUCUCUAUGAUAUCAAUACAUUGUACAGAAAUCAAGUAAUGAAAAUACACGAACUUAUCAGCUUCAGAGGAAUGAUUUUAUUUACACUGAAUUCUGUCGGCUUAUAAAUAAGAAAAUGCAUUGAAGCCAAAAGGGAGUACUAAGCAUCAGAUCUUGGGAUUUAAACAGUCAAAAACCGACAAUUUUCCAAUCUUGCUAGUGGUGUAAUAAUGUACUUGGAAAAAUUACGGGCUUCUGAUUGGCUGAAAACGAGUGCAUUCUCAUGUACACGAGUGCGAAGUUGUAACACGAGUGCAAACUACAAAUUGCGCGCGCGCGCUUUCAAAAGUUCCUCAGUCUUGACGUUUUGUGAUGAUUUUUCCAUGUACAUUAUUAACAAGUAAUGGCACGAGUUUUCUUGCAAUUUUGUGUAAUAAGGACUUGAAAUUUUUUCAAAGGCUACAAAUUGCACUUGCCCUACGGGCUCGUACAAUUUUGUUGUCUUGAAAAAAUUUACUCGUGCUUAUUAGCACCAAAUUGCACUCGAAAUCUUGCUUUUACCUACACGAAGUAUUCAUCAAGGCCGAAGGAGAGUAGAUGGUAAAAAAGUGAAACCAGUGUCAUCUUUGUCAAGGCGUAAAACCUUGUUGGUUUUUCUUAUAUUAAUGCUGUGAGCGUCUAAAAUAGA